AUGAGUGAGUCUCGGCUUCCUCCAGCUGCGAGACGACGCUCAUCAGCAGCCUACGAUCCAGCACGGGAUAUCUUCAGAGAAAUCCCCGACUCUGUACCCGAGGACGCUGUAGCUGAUGGCGAUCAUGCGACAAACACCAGCCCUUCUGCCACUGCUGAAAGAAAAAGAAAAUGGUCACCUCCGGCUAAGCCGCCGAACGAGCAACCGAGCAACCAGCACGAUGAGAGCGCUGGCAACGAAACGAAGAGGCCUCGCGCUUCGCCUGUAAGAGACGGUCAAUACGAUGAAGCACCCUCAAAACCCAAAAAUCCAAUGGAUCUUCCCCGAGUGCCCCGUCGACCACGAGAGGAUGGCGAGAUUUCAUCUCGUGCACCUCCAUCCGUCUAUAGCAGACGUCCAGACGCAAACGGCUACCCGCCUCGACGACGCUCACGGUCGCCAGGCCCAUCCAGAAGGCGGUCAAGGUCUCCAGGAAACCGUGUGCCUAGCGCGUAUCGAAGAAGAUCUCCGCCCCGGAAUUCAGAUCGUGCACGUGAUCCAUCUCCAAUUCGCCGGUCUCCGCCUCGAGAUGCAAAUCCUCGUCAGGGAGCAGGUAGGGGACGGGGCCGCAAUGUGCUCGCGGAACAGGAGCGCUUGAGAGCGGAGCGAGAAGCGAGACAAGCCCCACAGAACGUCAACCGCGGUGUUCAAGAUGCAUCUAAUCAGUUCUACAAUGCCCGGCCUGAAUGGGUAAAGGAACGUGGACGAGAGUGGCGUAAAAACGAGUCUCAGAUCAAAGGGCUGCGCAGCUUCAAUAAUUGGAUCAAGUCAUUCAUGAUUCAGAAAUUCAGUCCCGAGGAGAAGGCUGAGCCGGAAGAGCUCGGCUGGGGCGAGGAAGCCAAAGCCCCGGAGCAGCUCCAGCCAUUACUUGUCCUUGACAUUGGUUGCGGGAAGGGUGGUGACUUGGGGAAGUGGCAGCUUGCGCCACAGCCCCUUGAGCUGUACGUGGGCCUUGAUCCUGCUGACACCUCAAUCAGACAGGCCUCCGAGCGAUAUCAGGGCAUGCGUCGAGGACGAAAGCCGAUCUACGAAGCUCGCUUCGUUACCAAAGACUGCUUUGGUGAAUGGAUCGGCGAGGUUCCCAUCGUUCAAGAAGUUGGCAUCGAUCCAAAUGUGGGCAACGGAGCCGUCAGCCGGUUCGGUGGCGGCCGAUUUGAUGUGGUCGUCAUGAUGUUCAGCAUGCACUACGCUUUCGAGAGUGAAGACAAAGUCAAGAUGAUGCUCAAGAAUGUGGCAGGCAGCUUGAAGAAGGGUGGACGGUUUAUCGGCGUGGUGCCCAAUUCUGAUAGCCUUGCUAGCCACAUCAACACCUGGUUCACCAAGAAUCGACCCAACGCUCAGGCUCAGGCAAAAGGUGAGCCAGUGAGUCCGAGAACCACGAGCCGUGAAGACGAGGAAGGGCCAAGCUGGGGCAACUCUAUCUAUAAUGUGCGCUUCCCACCAACAUCAACCACGGCCCUCACUCCAGCCGAUGGAUCGGUCCAAUUUCGUCCACCCGUUGGAUGGAAGUACACAUACUGGAUGGCUGAAGCCGUGGACGUGCCCGAGUUCGUCGUUCCGUGGGAAGCUUUCCGUGCAAUUGCGGAAGGCUACAAUCUCGAGCAACGCUAUCGAAAGCCAUUCCUCGAAAUCUGGGAGAACGAAAAGCACGACCACGAGAUGUUCGCUCUCGCCAAGCGAAUGGGCGUGGUCGAUGAUCGCGGCCAGAUGGUCAUGUCGCAAGAUGAGCGAGAGGCCGUCAGCUUCUACCACGGUUUCUGUUUCGUCAAAGUGUGA